CACGAUCAUGCGAAUAAAAAUAAUUAAAAAAAAAUGAAAAUAAAAACAAAAAGCGAAUGUGCUGAAAGACAAACACGUGCAAAGGACACGCAGCUGAUACGUAGCUACGUCGAUGGACGAUGAUAAAAACAGUUUGACCCUUUCUUCAUCGUCGAGAACGCGGAAGAAACACAUCUCGUGAUUUAUAAUCUCUCUCUCUCUCUCUCUCUUUCUCUCUUGUUUAUUUACUUUCUUUCUUUUAUUUAUUCAAAGAGAUGCUCAAAAGUCAAACGGUCUUUUAUUUUUCGAGUUGCGUCUUUCGAAUUCAUUGUUGAAUUAAAAAAAAGAAAUGUACGAUUAAGUUUAAUAAAUGUGAAUGUUAUUUUGCUAUUAUUCAGUGAAAAUAAGGACAAAUGAUUACGUCUUAUAAGAACUUAAGUCUUAUAAGAGCUUUACAGGAAGAUUAUAUAACAAAAUUUUGUAAUGUGAUUUCGCUAUAAUUACACUUAUAAAAACGUUCAAGUUUUUUUUACAUAUAAGAUAUAUAAAUUAUUUAUAGCAUUUGUAUGCAUUUUCAACGCGUUAUCAUUUAUAGUUUUAUCUAGUUAAUAUAAAAAUAAAUGUAAAUAAAAGACAUGAAAAAUAAAAUGUCAAGAUAACAUUUGAUGAAACAUGAGCAAUAUCAUAAAAAAAUUGUAGUAUCCGAUAAAAAUAUUAUAGUAUCCGAAAAUCAGGCAACCGAUACGCGCGCGCAUUCUAUAUUAAGCAACGAAUCAUUUUAAGUGUAGAGUAUUUUUUUUUAUCAAAGUUCAUGUACACCUAGAGAUAUUUCAAUCUAUUUAAACUCGUAUAAAGAUAAAAAAAAAAGACAACGAUUACAACUCUUUUAUCUAAUUAUCUCGAAACAUGAAAUAAUUGAUAGAUAUAGUAAGAGAAUAAGAGAAUAAGAGAAAAAAAAUUUAGUAGACAACGAAUUAAAGAGAAAGAAGUGAAGGAGACUAAAGGAACCCCUCGGGUACACUAGCAACGAGGCCUAGUUUCUAUCUUUCGCUAUCUCCGUUAUCGAUCCAAACACGAUCGUGUCUCGGCUGGUUGACAGUGAGAGAGCACAAGAGAGAAAGAGAGAGAGAGAGAGUAUGUAUGUAUGUAUGUACGUAUGUAUAUAUGCACGUAUGUAUGUAUGUACGUAUGUACGUAUAUAUGUGUGUUAGAUACGAAAAUGUGGUAGCAUUUCACCUAACGUAAUUAACGUCUAAAUUGUCUCGCGAUAAUUUAGGUCAUGAAAAAUAAAACGAAAAUCUUAAACUAAAUGAAAAAUACUAAAAAAGAAGAAACAAAGAAAUUGCGUAUGUAUUAUUCCAGAAGACUCCAGAGAAUUGAAGAAAAAAAAUAGCCUACAAGAUGCGAGAAUCCAUUCUCAUAGGAUUUCACGUGAUUGCCUGUUUGCAAUUCGCAUAUUCUGUUUAUUAUGAUUAUACGUAUACCGUGGUGCCACAGAAUAUCAUGAAGGUCCACAGCGCUUUUGGUGGAAGAUUUAAAUUUCUUACGUUUUGGGACGCGAUAUUACAAGCUGUAUUCUUUUUUAUAUGUAUCAUGAAUGAUUGGUAUGGUACCAAUGCAGUUAGCCCGAAGAAGCCGCCAUUUAUACGAAAGCUGAAGGAUUACGUGUACGCAACUCUUAGUUUUCCUAUAGCCAUGUUCGUUGGGAUUACGUUCUGGUCGAUAAUGUGCAUCGACCGUGAAUUGGUAUUACCAAAGGCAUUGGAUCCAUAUUUUCCAUGGUGGUUGAAUCAUCUGAUGCAUACAAUGAUUAUGGUGUCGUCUAUUAUUGAGAUGCUACUAGCACCACGAAAGUAUCCUAAAAGAUCACAUGGUCUUGCUGGUCUCCUAUCAUUUACACUUACUUAUUUAAUUUGGAUGCACGUAAUCUAUUUCAUGAGUGGUAUUUGGGUGUACCCAGUGAUGGAAGUACUGACGCCACCUCUGCGAGUAGUAUUCUUUAUCGUUUUAUUGGCAUUAGUGUUGAUACUCUAUUUUGCUGGAGAAAUGCUGAACAACCUCGUUUGGGGUAAAAAAUACCUAGCAGAGAAUAACAGCCCAGAUUUGAAAGCAUAAUGUCCAUUGAACCUGAACAAGAGGAACCUGGUCUCGCAAAAACUUACAAAUAAUAGACAAAGAAAAAGGGAGAGAAAAUGAGAAAAACAUUUUCAGAAGGUUUUAGAAAGCGCAAUGCACUUUUAUAUUGCCAAGGAUGAGUUUAAAACAAUUUCAUUGACAAAUCUAAUAAUUCAUUUAUACUUUAUAUUUUAUAUUAAUUUAAUUUAAACAAUUUUUUUAAUGAUUAUAUGUGAGUCAUCGUUUAUAUUGUUUAUACCUACUAUUGAAAUAUAAGAUAUUUUAUACAUAAAUUUGUUAUGUAUAAACAUCCUUGUAUAAGUAAA